CCGGACCUUCUGCUCCAUGAGGCGGUGCCGCCGUUCUCUCGCCCGCCCCGCCGGUCUUUGGCCCCGGGGCGCGGCACCUCCAGUCCCGUGGUGCGGCGGGGAGGAGGCGAGCGGCGGCUGACCCCGUGUGCGGAGCAGCAGCCACUUAACAGCGCCCCGGCCCCCAGGCAUGGCCACCCCGCGGAUCACCGAGAGCACUGUCACGGUGCAAGGGCAGACCCUCUUCUACCGCAAAGCUGAGCCAGCCCAGGCAGAGCCGAAGCUGACAGUGCUGCUGCUGCAUGGCAUCCGCUUCUCCUCUGAAACCUGGCUGCAGGUGGGGACACUUGCCACGCUGGCCGAGAACGGCUACCGAGCCGUGGCCAUCGACCUGCCGGGGCUGGGGCGCUCAAAGGAUGCUGUGGCACCAGCAGCUGUGGGCCAGCCAGCACCAGCGGCGUUCCUGAAGGCAGUUUCGGAGGCUCUGUGCCUGGGUCCAGCUGUGGUGAUCAGCCCAUCACUCAGUGGCAUGUACUCACUGCCCUUCCUCUUAGAGCACAGCCAGCUGUUCAAGGCCUAUGUACCUGUGGCACCCAUCUGCACGGAGAAAUUCACAGCGCAGCAGUAUGCCCAGAUCAAAACCCCUACACUGAUUGUGUACGGGGACCAGGACGUGGAGCUGGGGCAGACCAGUCUGAAGAACCUGCAGCACCUCCCUGAGCACCAGGUGCUGAUGCUGCAGGGUGCAGGACACGCCUGCUACCUGGACAAGCCCAGUGAGUGGCACCUUGGACUCCUGGCCUUCCUGCAGCAGCUGAAGUGAGCAGGAUGGGAUCACAGGGCAGGGGGAUGUGGCCAGCGCACCCACCCCUCUGCCUGCACAUGAACCUUGUGCCAACCUAGGUGUUCAGCUGGCACUCACACUGCACUGACCCCCACCACCACCCAUCUCUCCUGAGACCAAAUAAAACCCCAAGCUCUGA